AUGGCUUUGUGUGAAAGGCGUUCAUGAACGCAAGAGGUGACUUCUAUAUAGGAAGACCAAGCAAUAAUUGCGCUAGUCCACGAGCAUGGGAUCAGGAAAUGGACUCUCAUUUCACAGCUGCUGCAAGACAAAUACCACCAAAAUCGGACAGGCAAACAAUGCCGCGAGCGUUGGCACAACCAUCUUGAUCCAGAAAUCAAUAAAAAGGCAUGGUCAGAAGAAGAAGAUAAAGUCCUUUUUGAGGCUCACAAGCAGCAUGGAAACCGAUGGGCGGAUAUAGCUGCCCUCUUGCCUGGCCGUACUGAUAAUUCAAUCAAGAACCAUUUUUAUAGUGCUUUAAGGAGAAACCUGAAAAAAUAUAAUAAAACAAAGCCCCAUGCAGAAAGACUCACAGGAUCCGUUAGAACAAUUCUUAGGAAUCCUAAUAUAGCGGAGCUUCUUUUGCAGCAAGAAGCCCCAGCAAGGCCUCCCAAAGAUAAAUCAAAUCUCCCUGCCAAAGAAAAGAAAGUUAAAAUAAUCCCGAACGAUUUUGUUGCGUAAAUUCUAUGCAGGAGAAGAUCUGGCAGAAUUAAAACCAAGCAAGAAGAAAUGCAGUCAAAUGAAACUGAUGAGUCCAGUGAUGAAUCUGAUGAAGAAACUGUGGAGAAAAAAAUCGAAAUUAAUGUAAUUCCACCUUCUUCAGAAGAAGACCCAGCAGUCAGUGAAGAAAAAGAGACUGCAAAAUCUGACGGAGAGCUUUCAGAUGAAGCGCCUUUUUUGCUCUAUAACUUAUCCAAACCAUCAGAAGAACCAAAAGUCGAAAAUGAUCUUCAAAUUCCUGCUUCUGUGAUGGAACACAAACUGCCUCCUUAUUUCAAAGCUUUCCUAGCAUGCCCGCCUGCCAGCUCUCAGAGUGCCCCUUUUAUGAACUCUACAAUCUCAAAUUUCAUGCAGUCUCUCAGACCAUCAGGACAUUUCGUUCAAGGUUUUCAUGGACUACUCCACAAUUCAGCACAGCCGAGCCCUCAGAGGAGAGGUUUCACUCUGAAUUAUGGCCACUAUGGGGAUCUUGGAAGAUAUUCCUAA